UAUGAAAAGAUGGAAGAAACGGUGCAAAAGGGAGAAUGUGUAUGAUGAGCAUGGGAAUUUAAUAGAAGAGAAGGCAACCGAUUCGUUGAAUGAAGCUACGAGGAAGAAGAUUUCAGUUGUACGCAACAAGUUGGAAGAUCUAAUUCAGAAGGCCAAGCACUCGGAUGAAGGCAUGGAUUUUCUAACAUCAAGUGUAUUAAAUAUUGAAGCACCUUUGGAUGAAAUGGUUCCUACAUCAGGUGUGAAGCACACUAGACAAGAUGAGUAUGAGGCUUUUAUUGGUUGCAAUAUUCCUACUGAAAUUGACAUACACCCACCAACUGAUGUUCGCACGGUGGGGAGAUGCAAAAGAAUAAAGAGAGGAAAGGAAAUAAGUGAGGAGGAACAGAAAAAGAAGAAGAAGGAAGCCAAGGUAAAGGUUGCACGCUUGUGCAAGACUUGCAAACAAAUAGUUUUUCAUGAUAGUCGCAAUUGUCCUAGCAAAAAAGAAGGCAAAGGGGCGGAGAUUGUGCAGCAGAUGAAGCCAAGUGGUGUUCCGUGAUGGGCUGAUGGCCCUCAGUCUGUUG